AUGCUUGAGGACAAAAUGGAUUUUGCUUUAUUAUAUAAUUUGAAACAGCCUUAUCAUCCGAUUAAAAGGAACAGAAAAUCUGUCUUCGUUUACUACUUUGUAAUUCUGACAUCCUAAGGUUGUAUAGGAUACAUCUUAUGGCAAUUGUAAGGAAUAUUGUUGUAAAUCUUUGUUGGUCUGCUGGCUAUUUUGCUAAUUGUCUCUGUUCUGGCAUAAUGUUGCAAUCCAGGAUUCAUUACUUUGCAAAUUACUGUGGAAGAGGCUAUGAAUUAAUAGAUAGAUCCUAUCAAUAUCUGUCCAGAUUGUUGGGUCAUUAAACCUUUAAGAUCGAAACAUUGUGAAUUCUGUAAAAAAUGUGUAGUGGUUUAUGAUCAUCAUUGUCCAUGGAUAAAUAACUGUGUUGGAGCCAAAAACUUAAUUUAUUUUUAUAUUUACCUUAGUACCUUAAUCCUUAUUUAGAUUUAUUCGGCUGCAAUAAUCGUUUUCUGUAUUUACUUUUAUCUAAAUAGACUAUUUUAAAUCUGA